AUGAGCUCAAGCGCUAUCCCAAACGAUCCACCGCCAGGGACGUUCUUUGCGAGCUCCGAAGAUGAAGAAGAGGACAAGUCAAUGGCCGUGGACGCAAGUGAAUCAGAGCCAGCGCCCUCACCGCUACCGUCAACUCCAGGUCCAGAGACAUCUUCGAGAGGAUCUUCACCCGCGGAGGAGAAAUUAUUCCUAGACGCCGACGAUGAUGAUGACGACUAUCUCAUGCAGACGGAUGAACCCCCGCCAGUCGACGUGACAGCAGGCUCCAAGCGCCCUGCAGCAGACGCCGAUGAUGACGCCGAAAUACAGUUUAUGGGUCACAAUCGUUCGUCUCCUCCACCUCAAAUCAAAGCCAGUCGAGAACCUUCUGUAAUACCUGCUCCCGGACCUUCUCGUCGCUCAACUCCCCCGCCUAACAAGAAACGGAAGGCCUCAGAGUCUGUCCCUCCUGCAUCACAAUCCACCUCCCAUGCCGACUUCAAACCUACAUAUCUAGGAGAGGUCAUCAUUCCCAAUGCUUGGAGUAACGUCUCUGGAAAAGGAUACAUCAAAGUCAAUGAUUCGUUUGCUCUCAAACGCGACGUGGAGCAAGACGAGGACUAUAAAACCAACUCGUCCAAGACCAAGUCUUCGGCGGCAAGUAAACCGAAGAAAGGCGAUGGCAAGAAACAAAUGACGCUUUCCGCUAUGAUGAAACCACAGCCGCCUAAGAACUUGAAGAGAAAGAAGGCCGAUACCAUCGUCCGGCUAGUUAACACGAAAGGUUAUGAAUUCGGUCGCCUUCCAACGGACUGCUCCUGGUGGAUAUACAAGCUAUUGGAGCUAGGCCUCGUUGAGAUUCGAGGCGUCAUGACCGACUGUCCUGACAGGCUGUCGACUGGAGUUGGUCUCAUUAUCACCUUGCGAUUCUACAUCCUUCGUGCGGCAUUCACUAGGCCAAGUACUUCCAUUGACGAUGAUACGCCGACGACCAUGUUCAAUGAAGGACAAGAGACUCAGGAAGAGACUGAACUACGAGAGCGCAAGAGCGCGAUUGUCCGACUCUUUGAAGUCCUUGGUCUUCGCCCUCAAGCUGGAGCCAACUUCAAAGGGAAACAGUCGAAUGAAACUCUUACCCAUGAAACUUUGAAAAAGAUGGCGUCCCGUCCUGCCAAGAAAGUCAAAGAAAUCGUCGGUGACGGUGAAGAAAUCGAGGUUGAGGACACAGAAGAGUUGUCCAAGAACGAUAUCGAUGCCAUUUACAAGAGGGCCCAGCACCACGACAAGACUAUGGGGAUGAUGGAACCAGCGGAGAGCUUUGCCAUGACCCUACGACCUUAUCAGAAGCAAGCCCUCCGGUGGAUGUAUUCUUUGGAAACUGGGGCAAUGGACGCUCGAGAGGCGACCUCAAUGCAUCCGCUGUGGAGUCAAUACUCUUUCCCGCAUGACCCUACAGGGGACGGCGACAUCAUCGAUUUGACGGACGACGACAAGCCUUUCUACUUCAACCCGUACUCGGGAGAGUUGAGCUUGGAAUUCCCUAAAUCUGAGAGGAGAUGUCGCGGGGGUAUCCUUGCAGACGGUAAAAUGGGAAUGGGUAAAACCAUCAUGUUGUCCUCCCUCAUCCAAACCAGCCUCGCAACGGAAGACGAUCUCAAGACUUCAGAAACCGCCAGGAGGAAUCCCAAACAGCUCAAACUUAACAGCGCGUUCAAGGCCGUCUCCCGUACUGCCCCUUCAAAACCGCCCUCAGCAACGCUCAUUGUCGCACCUACGUCUCUUCUUGCGCAGUGGGCGGAAGAGUUGCAGAGGUCUAGUAAACCUGGGACCAUGAAAAUUGUCGUCUGGCAUGGAAAUAAUCGGUUGGAUCUAGAUGGUCUUGUGGAUGACGAUGAAGGCGAGGAGAAUAAGCCAAUCAGGGUUGUUAUCACAUCCUACGGCGUGCUGGCGUCGGAGCACGCAAGGUCCGAGAAGUACAAGUCUCCUGUGUUCGAGAUUGAAUGGCUUAGGGUUGUUCUUGAUGAAGCCCAUGCUUGCAAGUCUAGGACAAGCAAGACCGCGAAAGCGGUCUACGCUCUUCAAGCUCGGAGGAGAUGGGCUGUGACGGGAACACCCAUCAUUAACCGACUGGAAGACUUGUUCUCCCUACUUAAAUUCCUCGACUUCAAGCCUUGGUCCGACUUCGCCUUCUUCCGCUCGUUCAUCACCCUUCCAUUCCUCGCUCGAGAUCCCAAGGCCAUAGAAAUUGUGCAGGUCAUCCUAGAGAGCAUCCUCCUACGACGAGAGAAGACCAUGCGCGAUGCGGAUGGAAAGAGAAUCGUUGAGCUGCCGCCCAAAGAGGAAACAUUCGAAAAUCUCGAGUUUUCGCCUUUGGAAAGGAAGAUCUAUGAUUCUAUAUACACCACUGCCAAACGGAACUUUGAACAGUUGGACGCCAAAGGGCUGAUUGGAAAGAACUAUACCCAUAUCCUUGCCAUGCUCAUGAAGCUUCGCCGAGCGGUGCUUCAUCCAAAAUUGGUCAUCACCCAAGAUGUGGAGAGGGCGCUUUCUCCAGACGGGGACGGUGCAGUCGACGUUAAUGACCUGCUCAGUCGUUUCGCCGAUGCGGGAAGUAGUAGUGGCUCGGCCUCACCCAACACCGCCUUUGCGGAGCAGGUAUUAGCGAACCUGUCGAAGGAGGAAGUCACGGAGUGUCCUAUUUGCUUUGGUGAGGUCGAAUACCCCAUGUUCGUGCCGGACUGCAUGCAUCAAUUCUGUAAGGAAUGCAUUACUUCACAUAUUGGGAUCUGUGAAGAGAAAGGACAAAGUCCUACAUGCCCCUCAUGCGGUCAAGGACCCUUGAAGAGUAGCGACCUCGUUGAGAUAGUGCGGAACAAAAAGGACGGGAACCAGCCUCCCAACUCACAGGACCCCGAACCUGAAAUAGUCCUUCGUCGGAAUGAUUUCCAGUCUUCCACCAAGCUCGACGCUUUGGUUCAGAAUCUCCGGCGCCUUCGUGACCAAGACCCCUGCUUCAGAGCUGUGGUAUUUUCCCAAUUCACGUCGUUCUUGGAUCUCAUCCAGGUGGUGUUGACCCGGGAGCGGUUUGAACAUUAUCGCUUCGACGGGACCAUGGAUGUCAAGAAACGAGGAGCCGCCAUUAGUGACUUCAAAGCUCCCUCCAGAAAGCCGAAGAUUUUGGUGGUCAGUUUGAAGGCGGGUGGUGUAGGAUUGAAUUUGACUGCGGCUAACCACGUGUUCAUGAUGGAUUGUUGGUGGAAUGCUGCAACGGAGAACCAAGCGAUUGAUCGUGUCCAUAGAAUUGGUCAGGAGAAGACUGUCUAUGUGAAGCAUUUUGUUAUCUCGAACACCAUUGAGGGCCGGAUUCUUCAAAUUCAGAAGCGAAAGACUGCCAUCGUGAAUGAAGCAUUCAAAGGAACGCAGGGUGGCAAAGGAAAGGCGGAUCCUGAGAGUAUACAAAAUCUUAAAAUCAUGUUUGGAACGGAUUAA